GGUAAAAGGGAUACUCCAGAGCUAGAUGCAAGCGUGGAAUUGUUGAAUGCACCCUUCUUGCUAACACGGGCAUCCUUCUUCAGUUUACUCCCUGACCACUAAAAGAAAGUUUGGAAGCAAAGAUGUGCAACCUAAAGCUGUCAGUUUUCUUCGUUGCACUUUCUGUCACUCUGAGCUGCUUGGAUGCUACACCUAUUGAGAAAUUUUUAUCUGUGGCUGAUGAUCUGUCUGAUGGUACUUCCAAGAGACAAGGAUGGAUAUUGCCAGAAAUGUCACGGAAUAAACUCUCAGUACUUAGUGAGGAAAUGCCAGAACAACCGGCAGCAAAGACAAAAAGUAGUCACCAUCUGGAGAAACGGAAAUGCAAUACUGCUACAUGUGUGACACAACGCUUGGCUGACUUUUUAGUUCGUUCCAGCAACAACAUUGGAGCAAUUUAUUCACCUACAAAUGUGGGGUCCAAUACAUACGGAAAGAGGGACACAGCUGGGCUUUUAAGCGGAGAACCUCAACACAAUGCACAGCUUUAGGGUGUUAAAAUGUCUACUGAUACAGUUCUUAUUAGGAGCUUGGUUUUUAAUGUAUCAAUAACUUCUUGGUCAUUUAUUACUCAUACAGUCUUAACAGUGCCUUGGUUUUGUUUUGGUUUGAGGGGUUUUUUUUUGGGGGGGUGGUGUGAUUUAUGUUCAUCAUUUUAUUUCAACUCCAUUAAGAACUCCAGAAAU